CUUCGCCCGCGCUUAGCGUUGAACGGGUCGGUCGAAAUUCCCAGUGACAGACGAUCUUCGGACAGCUACCGACGAGAACCGCGCAGCUAGAAACCCCAGUUAAAGCAUAAGCGCACGCUUAGCACCUUUCAGCGAUCGAAUACAAAAGCCACAUGGAGAAAGCAAUGUGGAGCACCUUUAUUUUUCAGAUGCCCGGGAUAUUUUCUUUCAAACACAUUGAACCUUGUAAAAAAAAGUUCAAAAAGUCUCUUACCUGAUCGCUUAGGUCUCCCGGUUGGUAAAGGCAUGGAAAACAUGAGUCUACAGGUGUUGCCUCUGGACCCUGUCGAUCAAGGGACACAGAGGUGCAGACUUGGCCCCCGUUUAAUGGAGUCUCUGGGACUGAACAUCGGGACGCCAGUACACAUUUCUGUCCUUGAUGGUGACUGCUUGUGCACAGCAUGGCCUCGGAGCGACCUGGCUGAAGGGUUCUUGCAGUUUGAUACCAAAUGCAUCACGGAGGAUCUCAUUGGUGGGAUUCCCAGGCCCCUGGCUGUGAGUCCCAGCCACAUCAAGAAAAUCGUUUGCCCCAAACUGAAGGGCAUCAGAGUCGACGUCAUUGUCCGUCACAUGGAAUUCAAGAAAUGCUCGCCCCCUUCUCUGCUUCCUGAGCUGGUGAAAGACCUGCUCCGUGGCUUGUAUGUUUCCCCCGAUCAUGUGGUUCCAGUAGCUUCCCUGGAAACUCCGGUUGAGCUCAUUGAAGUUCGGCACAUACACCCCUGCGGCAGUGAAGCGGGCCUCAUCACUGCUAAAACCAGCAUAGAGGUCGGCGAAGUCAAGACGCUCAGCCAGCACAAGACCCAGCUGCAGCAUUCCUCCAAGAUCCCCUUGGGAGGGAUGGACGCUGUCUGCGAUUCCCUGACAGAGAUCCUGAAGUUGCCCCUUCUUUACCCAAGGUCACUGCACAGACUUGGUCUCUCCUGCCCCAGAGGAGUGCUGCUCAUCGGGCCCCCAGGGGUCGGGAAGACCUUGCUUGUGAGGAGCGUAGCCGCGGCAGUGGGAGCCUCUUUGGUUACCAUCAAUGGCCCAGUGAUACUCGGCUCAAGGCCAGGGGAGAGCGAGGAGAAUUUACGGAAGAUGUUCCGUCGGGCAAAGGACAUGUCGGAGGAGGGGCCCUGCGUCCUGUUCGUCGACGAAAUCGAUUCCCUGUGCCCGAAGCGAGCCGGAUCCUCCAGCGCGCCGGAGAACCGCCUGGUCGCUCAGCUCCUAACGUUGAUGGACGGCAUCGGCAGCGAAGGACGAUUCAUCGUCGUGGGGGCAACUAACCAGCCGGACACCUUAGACCCUGCUCUGAGGAGACCGGGGCGAUUUGACAGAGAGAUUGUGAUUGGUGUUCCAACACUUCUUCAAAGAAAAUCCAUUUUAGACAUGUUGAGUUCGAAAAUGUCUCUGUCCAGUGACGUGGACAUGAAUGCUUUGGCAGAAAUGACGACGGGCUGCGUGGGUGCUGACCUGACUGCACUCUGCAGGGAAGCUGCUUUACAAGCCAUUCUCCACAGCUCCCAGGACUCUGGGUGUCACGUGAUAAGCAUGGAGAACUUCCUGCAAGCCCUGAAGAAAAUUCAGCCCUCGUGCCUCAGAAGCAGCAUUGGACUAACUGACUUUAAACACAUCACCUGGGACCAGAUUGGAGGCCUAGAGGAAGUCAAACUGAAAUUGAAACAGAGCAUUGAGUGGCCUUUGAAGUUUCCGGAGGCAUUCCUCAGGCUGGGACUGACGCGUCCGAAAGGGGUGCUGCUGUACGGACCGCCCGGCUGUGCCAAGACCUGUCUCGUGAGGGCAGCGGCUGCCAGCUCACACUGCUCCUUCCUGUCCGUCAGCGGCGCAGACCUCUUCUCGCCAUACGUCGGGGACUCUGAGAAGGCCCUGGCCCAGGUCUUCCGCCAGGCCAGGGCCUGCGCCCCCUCCAUCCUGUUUCUGGAUGAGAUCGAUUCAGUCCUGGGGACCCGGGCAGACGGCCGGGCCCCCCACAGUGUGCACUCCAGGGUGCUGUCCGUAAUUCUGAACGAGCUGGACGGCGUGGGCCUCCGGGUGGUGGAGAGGAGAGGGGUGGGGAGGAAGAUCUGCCAGCCUGAGGGCUUCCCGGAGGAGCACGAGGAAGACCGUCAGCUGAAGUAUCAGGAGGUGUGUAACAAGGACGUGAUGGUGGUGGCUGCUACAAACAGACCUGACACUCUGGACGACGCGCUGCUCCGACCGGGCAGGCUGGAUAAGAUCAUCUACGUUCCUCCCCCGGACCUAGAGGCAAGGCUCGCUAUACUGAAGAUCUGUACGGAGAAAAUGCCUUUGGCAUCAGAUGUUUCAUUGAAUGAGCUGGCAGAAAGGACUCACUUAUUUUCUGGAGCUGAUCUGGAAAAUCUUUGCAAAGAGGCAGCCCUGCUCACACUGCAAGAGGAAAGUAUGGAUGCUUCCAGCAUAAAGCGAGAAUACUUUCUGAAAUCACUGCAAUCUGUAACACCCUCCCUUAGCCCUGAGCAGGUAGAGUUUUAUGAAAAUCUAUUAAAAAGGUAAAGACAUUUUUAUUAAUCUGAGCUUUCUUGAUGUUUGGAAACAGUAUCUUUAGCAGUUACUCUCGAAAUCCGGUUUCUUUGAAGUUCUGUUGAGGACUGUGACAUCAGUAUUAGAGGCCUUUAAAUUAUGUUGAAAGAACUGUAUUGACUAGCACUCUUCUUCCGAAACAAUAUUUUAACAUGAGUUUUUAAAUGUAAAAUGUACAGUAAAUGUUUUUCUGUACCUAUGAAUACAGAGGGCAGAGAGAGUCAGUAUAAACUGGCUACUGUUUCAGAAUUGUAAAAAUAAUGAAAAAGCCUCCCUGAGACGAUGUGGGCGAUUUCGCCCCCAGAAUUGCUCCCAUGGAUGACUGGUUCUGGCUUCCAGUAUCUAUACACAAACUCUGCGUUUGCAAUUCCCAUGUGUACUGUGGAUGAUCGCUUACAAACUCCUCAAGGGUGUUAUUUUAGCUGAGUCACCCUGUAUCUGCACAUUUUCUAUGAAGUAUGUAAAGUGUACAGUAUGUGCUAUGUUCAAUCAUAAGCUGUUGUGAAUAAAAGUACUUUUUUACUGUUG